CUCCCACUGUCAUCGGAGCGGAAGUUUUGCUCCGCAUGUCCCUCGCAAAGGAUUCUGGGGAUUUGUAGUACAGUCCUUCACAUUUUUAUCCCCCGAAUUUUCCCUCGAAUGCGACUCUAGCUCCGUACUUGGAUAUAUUGCUUUGUGUUGUUGAAUGACGUGUUGGUCGAUUUUCUUGUUUUGUUUUUCAUGGUGGUUAAAUAUGUCAUUUGAGAGAGCUUCCUCCCAGUAGUGAUGGAGGCUCUUCGUUGACACCCAGAUACACCAGAGACUUCAGACAUUUCACUUUACAGUCGGACAGAAACACAAUGCAGAAGAUCAAGUCGCUGAUGGGCCGCCAGGGUCCAAAAAGCCCCCAGGAGAGUAUGACAGACCUCAGUCCAGUGGAGAAGAUGAGGAUUCCAAGCAAGGAGGAGUUGCGCGAGCUGAGAGAGCAACCCACUGACCCUCUGGAAGAGCAGGAGAUCAUCGACAGCAUCGAGGACGUGUACUUCUCUAACGACUCCUUUGACAUGGUCCAGCACGAACUACAGAAACUCCCACCUGAGCUCAGUCUGCUGGAGUUGGAGGAAUACAGGGACAAGCUAAAGAGGCAACAGGCAGCAGUUUCCAAAAAAGUCGCAGAUCUCAUUUUGGAGAAGCAACCUUCUUAUGUCAAGGAAUUAGAGCGAGUGACUGCUCUACAGACCAACCUGCAACUGGCUUCUGUCAUUUGCACGAAUGCAAGAAGGCAACUGAGAGUAUCCAAAGAAGGCUUCACAGAGGCCAGUCUGGGUUUGUUGGCCAACCAGAGAAGACGGCACCUUCUGACCGGCCUGCUUAAGUCCUUGAGAACCAUCAAGACCCUGCAAAGAACAGAUGUACGGCUCAGUGAGAUGCUUGAGGAGGAAGAUUAUCCUGGAGCAAUCCAACUCUGUCUGGAAUGUCAGAAGGCUGCCAGCACCUUCAAACACUACAGCUGCAUCAGUGAAUUAAAUUCCAAACUACAAGACACACUGGAGCAAAUAGAGGAGCAGCUUGAUGUUGCCCUGUCAAAGACUUGUAAGCACUUUGAUGUUGCCCAUUACACAAAGGUCCAGCUGGCUUACACGCUCCUGGGAAAGACACAGACUGCCAUGGACCAGCUGCACAUGCACUUCACCCAGGCCAUCCACAACACUGUCUUCCAAGUAGUUCUGGGAUAUGUGGAACUCUGCGCUGGCAAUGCCGACACCAAAUUUCAGAAAAUGCAAUACAGGGACCUUUGCACGCACAUCACUCUGGACAGCUACAUUCCCUGCCUGACUGAUCUGUGUAAGGCUUUGUGGGAGGUCAUGCUGAGCUAUCACUGCACCAUGCAGUGGCACGAGGAGCACGACAAGCAGGAAACCACGCCCACUUCAGAUGAUCCAGCCGCAGCAGAGAGAGACAAGUCAGUGGUGGACCGCAGUUACGUGAAGAAGAAGCUGGAGCACGGAUUGACAAGAAUUUGGCAGGACGUCCAGUUAAAAGUGAAGGCCUACAUCCUGGGCACAGAUAUGUCCAACUUCAAAUAUGAUGAUUUUAUUGUGGUGUUGGACGUUAUCAGCAGGUUGAUGCAGGUGGGUGAGGAGUUCUGCAACAGCAGGUCAGAGGUCCUGCAGGAGUCCAUCAAACGCCAGAGCGUCAACUACUUCAAAAAUUAUCACAGGGCACGACUGGAAGAACUGAGAAUGUUUCUGGAAAACGAGACAUGGGAACUCUGCCCUGUCAAGUCUAACUUCAACAUCUCUCAACUCCAUGAGUUUAAUUUCAUGGCCCAGUGUCGCUCCCCAUCCAUCUCGCCGAGUAGGCAGGCCUCAUCGUCGAGCAGCCAGACACAGGAGAACCCGUCCCUGUUCCAACAGUUCCUCCAAGAUGGAAACCCCUUUGAGAUGCACAUCGAGCAGAAUGAGGAGGAGACGGAGGAUGUUUUGGCCUCGAAUGGGUAUGAGUCAGAUGAGCUGGAGAAGAAUGUGUAUCAAGAUUAUGACAGUGACAGCGACGUCCCGGAGGAGCUGAAGCAGGACUACAUUGACGAACAGACGGGCGACGCCCCCUUGAAAAGUGUUUCCCGAGAGACGAUAAGAAGCAAGAAAAGGUCUGAUUAUAACCUGAAUAAGUCGAACGCACCAAUACUGACCAACACAACCCUCAACGUCAUCCGGCUGGUCGGCAAGUACAUGCAGAUGAUGAACAUCCUGAAGCCGAUUGCUUUCGAUGUAAUCCACUGUGUGUCCCAGCUUUUUGACUACUACCUUUAUGCUGUCUACACCUUCUUUGGACGCAACGAUAUGCCUGUCCCAAGCCCGUCUUUGCCAACCAACGGUGGCAGGGAUGGGGGCUCUACCAGAAUGGUGGGGCCAGCUUGCUUGUAUGAGUCAUCAGGUGUGGGUCUUAUCAGCAGCAGACUGAGAACCACACUGAACCGAAUCCAGGAAAGCCUCAUUGACAUGGAGUCGGGUGGUGAAAACGUUGGAGUCCAUGGGCCUGUGGAGGACAGGAAGGAGAAAGUGCCGAGCCCCCAUCUGAGCCAAAUGGUGGUACUGACCAACAGUGGGACCCUCUAUGGGCUGGCACAGAGAGUGGUUGCCACUGAGUCCCUGGUGUUUUUGGCGGAACAAUUUGAGUCUCUCCAGUCCCACUUGGACAUGAUGAUGCCGGCUGCCAAGAAGCCUUUCCUGCAGCAGUUCUAUUCCCAGACUGUUUCUACUGCGAGUGAACUGCGUAAACCCAUUUACUGGAUUGUGGCUGCUAAGGCCAUCGACUACGAACAAAUGUUACUGCUGAUGGCUGGCGUCAAGUGGGACAUCAGAGAUAUCAUGUCGCAGCACAACGUGUAUGUGGACGUCCUACUCAAGGAGUUUGAGCUGUUUAACAAACGUAUGGGUGAUGUCUCCAGAAUCGUGCGCAUUCCGCUGCCUGUCUCCAAUGUCCUGUGGGAACAUUGCAUCCGCUUAGCUAACAGAACGCUAGUAGAAGGCUACGCCAACGUGAAGAAAUGCAGCAACGAAGGCCGGGCACUCAUGCAGCUGGACUUCCAGCAGUUUCUGAUGAAGCUGGAGAAGCUGACCGACCUGCGACCAAUCCCAGACAAGGAGUUCGUGGAGACUUACAUCAAGGCCUACUACCUGACGGAGAACGACAUGGAGCAGUUCAUCAAGAAUCACAGGGAGUACUCCAUGAAGCAGUUGGCCAACUUGGUGAACGUUUGCCUGGGUUCACACAUAAACAAGAAGGCCCGUCAGAAACUUCUGGCAGCCAUUGAUGACAUCGACAGACCGAGGAGAUAGAGUGAGGGGGAGAGCUCCGCACACGCGCACACGCACACGCACACGCACACGCACACGCACACGCACACGCACACACACACACACACACACACACACACACACACACACACACACUCUUCAGCGCUGAUGGACACUUCGACAGAGGAACUCCCAAAACAGCACUUGCGGUGGAGCACUGUGUAGAAUGUCUUGAAAAUAGAACUGGCUGUGUGUGAGAGGUGAGCGCCUCAAAGUCUUUUACCUUAUGUGACAGCUUAGCUUUUAGCUUUGCACAACCGUGAGCUUAUAAACUCUUCAGCAUGACGCACCAGGUCACCACAACAACACUCUUGAAGUAAAACUCAUCACUCAAUACCAACUGAUACAAACAAAAGAGAUAUCCAACUAGGUUUUUUAAAUUACUAAAAAAAAAAACGCUGUCUGUUGUUUUUUUAUCUGUAAAUAUUUUUUUGUCUCACAAGUCGAUCUGUUAUGAAGGUUAGUCUGCUGUUUUGAGAAGUAAAUGUGAAUUUGUGGUGCAUUCCAUUUCAAACCAAAUUCAGCUCAAAGAUGAACAAUAUCAUGAGUCUUUCACCAGAAUUCAACGCAGCUGAAUUAAUGGUGUGCUUUCCACCAGGUGUGCUAAUAUGAGAUGUUGUGUGUCGCCACUUUCGCACCUGGUCUGAUAUGAAAAUGAUUUGUUUGUGUAAAUGGUGAGAGGACUAGUACUGUAGUACUGACUGUCUUUUCACUUCUGUCUUAGAACGAUCACAAAGCUAAUGUAAGUAGCUAACACCUGAUUGUAUCUGCACCAGCCAACGCUGGAGAGUUUUACAAGUUUAAAUCAAAAAUACUUUCCUCCACUAAAAAAGUAGAAAUAUCGGCAUCGGCUUUUUUCCAUUUCACAGGUUUGUGCCGCCGUGGACUGAUGAUGUGAUUUCUGAUGAGGUAAUAGGUGAAGUGUGUCGAGUGUGUGAGCUUUUCUUCAAGGCUUUAAGGUUCCCCUCUUCUGUAAACUCUAUUAGUUUCACUUGACCGGUCCUGCGGAGAGAAGGAAGAUUGAUUCACCAUCGGAGGAGAGAUGGAGGGCGAAAAAAACAGAGCAGGUUUUGGUUGUGCUUCAUUUUUGUGUGCAGCUGUUCCUCAGACUGUAAAUGUGAAUGUGUUUUGAACAAUGUCUGUAUUUAUAUUCUUCAUAUCAGAGCAUAACAGGUGUGUCAUGACUUGAUAUUGUGUGACAGUGAAGUUAAGUCUUACUAAUUGAAAUCAUGCACUCAUGUGAUUCAGAAUAAAUAAACACAUCGACUGGAAAGACCACCGUCUGCUGUGCUAC